UAUCGAAUCACGUGCACGUGGCAAUAGAGUCUGGCAGCAUAGUAUAUCAAUUCUCUAUUUCAUAAUGCAGUAAAAAUGGCCUGGUACGAGAGAUACGAGCAGCAGGAGUACCGGGUGGAAUCAGAGCAGUCGGAGGAACAACUCCUGCCCACCGACCCGGACGAGAAGGACACGUCAGACGACGACAGGGUGGUCGACUUUCAGAACCGCUUCCACGGAGAAAUCGGCUUCGAACAACUGAAUCGGCAGCGCCACACAGGGGAGUACACUGAUAUUGUGCUAAAGGUGGGGGAGGAGGCCUUCCCGUGCCACCGUGCGGUACUUGCGUGGAACAGUUACUUCAAAGUCAUGUUUGCCCACACCAAGGAAGACACUGUGCAACUGGAGGGCGUCAGUGUGCACGUAUUCAACAAGCUGCUGAACUACCUGUACACGGGCAAGAUAACUGUGACCACCGACGACGCGCAGGACAUCCUUGCUGCUGCUACUAUGUUUCAAUUUGACAGAGUGGUUGCAAAUUGUGAAGAGGUCUUCUUGCAAAAUCUUGAGGCUGCCAACUGUUUGAAGGUUAUCUGCAUCGCUGAUGUCUACUCGUGUACAAGGCUGAAAGAACGCGCCCUAGCGAUGGCGCUGGAAGUCUUCCAGAAGGUUCUUAACUCAGAAGAAAUACUUGACCUUCCCGCGGACCUGUUCAUUGACUUCAUUUCGGACAAGAAACUUGUGGUCAAGUCGGAAGACGACGCCUUCCAGGUUGCAUUGCGAUGGUUAGAUAAAGAUAUGGACAGGCGUGUCGCAUACUUACCGAGGAUUCUGGACAGCAUUCGUCUCACACAGGUGAAAGAGAGCCUCCUAGCAAAGUUAGCCGAACAUGCAGCCGUGCGCGACUUAGAAGAAUGUCAGGUGAAGCUCAGAGCAGCGAGGCAACAGCAGCAUGACUCGGUAGGUGGAGACAGCUGUGACGACUUUUCCCAAGUGUGUCUACGACAGACGAUGUCCCCGGAUGUUCUCAUUGUAGUUGGAGGGUGGACCGUGGAGGAAAGCCUCAGAUUUUCGGAAGACGAGGAAAAGAUUAACCACGCCUCCUCGCCGUUGGCAUCUAUUCUGAGCUACGACCUGGACAGCGGAGUGUUCUACAGGUGCACAGAACUGCCUGCCUCCGCCAUGGGGUACAUCAGUACAGUACUGCACAGGGGAAGGCUGUAUGUAACAGGUGGAAUGGCCAAAGUGGGAAAUAACCAAGACGCUGGGACUACAGAAAUGUUCUGCUAUGACUUUGUGUCGGACACGUGGACUCGACUGGAAGACAUGCCACGCCCGCACCGAGGUCACCAGUCGAUUGUCGUGGACAACAAACUCUACGUGCUUGGCGGGCAAACAGAAGAGCAGCACCACACGGCGGACUGUUACGACAUUGCAGACGGCUGUUGGUCUCCGUGCAAAUCUCCACCCCAACCCGUGUCCCGUUUGUCCUUGGUCAGAGCUGUUGAGGGGAAGCUGGUGGUUGUGUGUCUGAGGAAAGAACAGCGUCCUGCCUUCAGGGGUAUAUCCCCUCGUGAGCAAAAGACCCUGAUGUUGCAGUGCUACGACCCGGCCUCGGACUCGUGGACCGCAGAGCAGACGGCAACUCAGUGUGACACGCCCCUCCUGGCGUUCGAGCUGGACGGGGUACUGUACAUCGGGAGCGAGUUCUACUACUGGCAGUUGUAUCAGUAUGAUACUCGUUCCAAAUCCGAUGGUUUGCGCGUCCUUAGCUCACAAUCAUUUCCAAGCUCAGAGUUCACGGUAGAGCCAGAAUACCGGACUAUCCGGAUGCUGUCCGGAUCACCAGCUGGAGAACCACAUGACAUGAUUCACCGGUACAUAUUUGAGAGAAAAGGAUGGGAAAAGAAGGUGAAGUGGGAAAGAGAUCGGAGACGCACGGUGCACCUUCCGUUUGGCCUGCUGGGGCACUGCCUGGUGGUGGCAAAGAAAGCAGUGAUUGGGUGGUUCUGUCGGGACCUGAGGCGCUUCGGCACAAAGGAUGACCAAGAAACAAUGACUACUCCGGACCAAGAAACGGCGACUACUAUGGAUGACCAAGAAACAACAACUACUACGGACGACCAAGAAACAAUGACUACUCCGGACCAAGAAACGGCGACUACUAUGGAUGACCAAGAAACAACAACUACUACGGACGACCAAGAAACAAUGACUACUCCGGACCAAGAAACAACGACUACUCCGGACCAAGAAACGACGACUACUCCGGACCAAGAAACGACAACUACUCCGGACCAAGAAACAACAACUACUCCGGACCAAGAAACGACAACUACUCCGGACCAAGAAAUGACAACUACUCUGGACCAAGAAAUGACAACUACUCCGGACCAAGAAACGACAACUACUCUGGACCAAGAAACGACAACUACUCCGGACCAAGAAACGACAACUACUCCGGACCAAGAAACAACUACUACUCCGGACCAGGAAACGACAACUACUCCGGACCAAGAAACAACAACUACUACCGGACCAAGAAACGACAACUACUCUGGACCAAGAAACAACAACUACUCCGGACCAAGAAACGACAACUACUCCAGACGAUCAAGAAACAGCGACUACUCUUGGCAAACAAGAAACAACAACUACUCAGGACAUAUCGACCACUCCAGAUCCGGAUGACCAAGACACAUUUGCUAACUCGGAUUCCAGCAACCAAGACACAACGACUACUCAGAAUGACCAAGACACAUUGGUUGCUCCAGACAA